AUGGACGACCGCAGCAGCCUGGAACAGACCGCCAAGACAGUCACGCGGGCACACCCCGAGCACGCGGCGGGAUGGUCGGCGGGCGGCGGGUGGGGCGAGUACAUGCGCAUCAAGAAGGCCAAGCUCGACCAGCAGUUUGAGGACGGCGACGAGUCGUCCAGCAUGCCGCGGCUGUCGUCCGUCCUGGCUGGGGUGCGCGUGUAUGUGGAUGGCUACACGACGCCGCCGGCCGCAGAGCUCAAGCACCUGCUGUGGGCCCACGGAGGCACCUACGAGCACUACAACUCAAAGUCGCGAGUAACGCACAUAGUUGCGUGCAAUCUGCCCGACACCAAGCUCAAGCAACUCACCAACGAGAAGGUCAUGCGCCCAGAGUGGAUUGUCGACAGCAUUGCCCAGGGCCGCCUGUUGCCUGAAGACAAGUACCGGCUGUACUCGGGUCGCGUCGCAACGCAGCCCGCGCUCAUGCAAAUGCUGCCGAUUGCCAACAAGCACGCCCCGCACGCUGCUCGUUCUUUUGCAACAACAACAACAACGACGACGACGACGGCUUUGAUGGGUCGCGCGGGUCAAGCGCCGUCCUUGGCGGCAGAUGCCCAGGAAGCCCAAUCCAUGAACGUCAACCCUCUACCGCUCGACCAAUCGGCCACCACCUCGCCGCCAGAAACGGUGGAUAGCGACCAAGACAGCGCCGAGGAGUUUGACAAUGACGAGUUCUUGCUGAUGGAUGAUGCAGAGUUGCUCCGGGCGCUAGACCAACAGCAGGAGGGCGAAGGAGCGUUCGCAGAGUCGGAACAUUCCAUCGCUCCAGCUCCUGCUUCUUCUUCUUCUUCUUCUUCUUCCAAAAACAAUGCAUCGACGACGACGGCUGGCGCUGCUCGUCCUCUCGGCGAUCGUGCGGCAACCAUGACCACGCUGGGAAACCCGUCCGGCUUUAUGAGCCGAUACUACCAGACCUCCCGGCUACACUUUCUGUCAACCUGGGCCGCCGAAGUCAAAACCCUGGUCGCCGAGCUGCUGGAAACGAGCGCAGCCAAGGACUCGACUGGCGAUGCACCCAUGACGGUGGAGCAACUGAUGGCAAGGUCGUUUCGAGACAAGGGCGCUGCGCUUCCGCCAAUCCCCGGCGGCAAAGUUCUUGCUCAUGUCGACAUGGACUGCUUUUUCGUGUCCGCGAGUCUGCUCUCUCGGCCCCAUCUGGUCGAGCAGCCCGUGGUGGUGUGCCAUUCGUCGUCGACCGACCUUGCAAGCACCAGCGAAAUAGCCUCCUGCAACUAUCCCGCGCGAGCCAAAGGAGUGCGCAACGGCAUGCGAUUGGGCGAUGCGCGACAGCUCUGCGACAAUAUCACCUGUGUGCCCUACGAGUUUGAAGUCUACCGCGACGUGAUGAUCACCCUUUACAAAACGCUCGUGUCGUACACGACAAUCAUACAGGCCGUCAGCUGCGACGAAGCCUACAUUGACAUUACAGAACUGGUCCAGCGCGAGAUUGUUUCUUCCCAGUCCGAACUCCCGUCCGGAGGAGACGCACAAGCGGCUGAAACGGACCACUCCCAGCCACCUCCCGUACAUUCGGCGAGCUGGACACCCUCGGCCACUCAAAUCGCAGCAUCCAUCGCGGCAGUCGUGUCACGCAUCCGACAGGAGAUCGCGACGCGCACUGGCUGCCCAGUCUCCGCCGGCAUUGCGCACAACAUGCUGCUGGCCAGGAUGGCGACCAAGCGCGCCAAGCCCAGCGGGCAGUUUUAUCUCGCCCCGCACAAGGGUCUCGAGUUUAUGCUCACACAAGCCGUUGGCGACCUCCCGGGCGUCGGGUGGUCGCUGGCGCGUCGCCUUGCUCAGCUGGACAUUGAAACGUGCUCGGAGCUCGCACGCAUCAGCAAGGACAAGCUGCAGGCCGAGUUUGGCAAGAAGAUUGGCGAAACCCUGUUCAACUUUGCCCGCGGCGUGGACAUGCGCCAGCUCAAGACACACCAGGCUCGCCAGUCCGUAUCGGUUGAAAUCACCUGGGGCGUGCGCUUUGAGGAGGAAGCUCAAGUGCGGGUUUUCGUGACCACCCUCUCGCGCGAGCUGGAGCGGCGCAUGGCGGUCUUGAAUGUGACGGGCAAGUCUUUGCACAUCCACCUGAUGGUGCGCAAGCCAGGCAUCACCAAAGUCUACAAGUACCUCGGCCACGGUGUCUGUGACAGCUACAACCGCUCGACGUUGCUCGCGACACCCACGCGCAGCGCAGACGUUAUUUUUCAUGAAACCAUGGCGUUGCUGGCCGAUUUGAAGUUUCCACCUUGUGAGUAUCGUGGACUUGGCAUCCAGCUCACCAAGCUGACUGGCCAAGAUCCGCCGUCUGUGAGCAAGCCGCAAUCCGGCGCCAUCACACGAUUUUUCAGCGCACGGGCUCCUGGGGCGGCACCAGUAGAGUCAACAUCCCCCGCUCCAGUCACGCACCACCAGCCGGCGAUUGCACCAGUCCAGCACCAUCCUGCGACAGUGGCGCCCUUAGCUCAAGCGUUUGCAAAAACUCGAAGCCCGCGCGUGUCGGCUGCAGCCCCUGCGCCGUGCGACACUGUCGUGAUUGGGGACGACGAUAUCUUGCCCCCAAUGUCGCAGCUCGAUCCGGCCGUGCUGGAAGCCUUGCCUGAGGAGGUUCGACUCGGCUUGGAGGCCGACUAUCGACGAAAGACUGGAAAAUCUGAAGUCUCGCUGGCUUCCCGUCCACGCUCGGUGCUGCAGCAACCGAAGUCCACCUCAAAACCCGAGCAAGUCUUUGCAGCGCCAGUGCUGCCUGCAAUGCGCUCUAAACGAAGGCUCACCACGAGCACCGUCGACAACCGCGCAGCAGCAGCAGCAGCCGCAGCGCGUGCAAGCCCUCCACCGCAGGCUGCACAGGCCGACCACGUCCCCUCUCCAUCGCAGUGGGACCCUGAAGUCAUUCGCCUUCUCCCUCCAGAAGUGGUCAAGGAGAUGUAUCUCGAGUACAAUGCGCUUGUUCAGCGAAAAGAGGAGGCGAGUAGCUCGAGGACUUCAAGCACUGCCGUCCCUGCCGAUGCGUCCCUGCAUUCCAAACCAGCAGGAAGAGCGUCUGCGAAAUCCAAAGGGAAAGGACCUGCUGCAACAGCUGCCACCAAGCGAUCGGACCCGCCUGCGAGUUUAACGACUGCGAUAUCAGCGAGCAGUCCUGUUCCAAAUGAUGUAAGUUUGAAAGUCGGAGGCGCGGAGAUGAACUCAACGUCAGAGUUGUCGUGA